AUGGACAAGUGCCAAGGCUCAGCGCCCGAGCUGAACUGGAAGCUGGAGCCCGGGCCCGGGCCCGGCUCAAGUCCGGUCCGGCAGAGCGGUGUUAAAUUCUUCCGCGCCCAAGCACAGUUCGAGAAGUCGCUCUACGACCUCAUCCGCGGUCUGCGGAACCACAAGGGAAAUGAGAAGGAAUACAUACAAAACUGUUUGAAGGAAUGUCGCGCCGAGAUUCGCAGCCAGGACAUGGACGUCAAGGCGACGGCCUUGCUGAAGCUCGUGUACCUCGAGAUGGUGGGCCAUGACAUGUCAUGGGCUUCCUUCCACGUUCUCGAGGUCAUGUCUUCGCAGAAAUACCACCAGAAGCGAGUCGGAUAUCUCGCGGCUGUCCAGAGCUUUCGCCCAGACACAGACGUGCUCAUGAUGGCCACAAACCUGUUGAAGAAGGAUGUCGCCGGAUCGCAACCGAUCAUCAUCUCCCUUCCCGUCGCAGCGCUUCCCCAUCUCGUAACGCCGUCACUCGCCAUGUCGCUGCUUGGUGACCUGCUCCCACGCCUCAGCCACUCACACGCCGCCAUCCGAAAGAAAACAGUUGUGACGCUAUACCGGUUGGCGCUGGUGUACCCUGAGGCGCUACGUGCGUCAUGGCCCAAAAUUAAGGAGCGGCUGAUGGACCCAGACGAGGACUCGAGCGUUACAGCAGCCAUCGUGAAUGUGGUGUGCGAGCUAGGAUGGCGGAGACCACACGAUUUCCUCCCACUGGCGCCCCGCCUCUUUGAGCUUCUGGUCGACGGUGGCAACAACUGGAUGGCGAUCAAGUUGAUCAAGCUGUUUGCGACCUUGACACCCCUGGAGCCGCGUCUUGUACGAAAGCUGCUACCGCCAUUGACAAAUCUCAUCCGGACCACGCCAGCGAUGUCUCUUUUGUACGAGUGCAUCAACGGGAUUAUCCAAGGCGGCAUUCUUGGAGAUGGAGAAGACUUUUCAGCCCGGGAAGAGGUGGCCUCCCUCUGUGUCACAAAACUCAGGGGGAUGGUGUCCGCCCACAGUGACCCCAAUCUCAAAUACGUCGCCCUCCUAGCGUUCAAUCGUAUCGUCGUCACCCACCCCUUCCUUGUCGCGCAACAGGAGGACGUGAUCCUAGAGUGUAUUGAUAGUGAAGAUAUCACGAUCCGGAUCAAGGCGCUCGAUCUGGUUCAGGGCAUGGUCAGCAGCGACAACCUCGUGUCGAUUGUUAGCCGCCUGAUGCGCCAGCUCAAAGCGUCCUCGGCCGCGCUAAACCAGCAAAACGGUGCAGAGGGACAUGAUGCGGAAACCGAUUCGAGCGACGAGCAAGGCACGGCUUCCGGACGACGACGAAAGACAUCAGAACGCACACCUCCGCUUCCGGAUGAUUACACCGUGGACGUGAUCGGCCGGAUUCUGAAGAUGUGCUCUCAAGACAACUACGCCAACAUGGCCGACUUCGAUUGGUAUCUUGACGUCCUGACUCAGCUGGUCCGAAUCGCGCCCGCUCCUCGGAAAAGGGAGCUAGACGCCGACUCUUCCGUGUCGAAGCCGGUCAGCGAUGUUUCCGAGAACAUUGGGAACGAACUGCGGAAUGUAGCCGUGAAAGUUAAGGCUGUCAGAUACGCGGCCGUCCGAGCGGCCGAACUCGCCGUCGCCCGCAUGGUGACGGAAAUCUCCCCAACCCGCCAGGUAGUUCUCGGGGCGCUGAAACCCAUCGCGUGGGUUGUUGGGGAGUACGCUUUCCAGUUAUUAUCAGCCGACGACACCUUGAGGUACCUUCUCGAUCUGGUACCACGCAUCGAGUACCCCGAGGCGCUCGCAACAUGUCUCCAGGCGGUGCUAAAGCUUCUGGCUCAUGUCGCCGGGGACGAGCAAGCACUGUGGACGGCGGAAAGGAAAUCGAGCAUUUCGUUGCUCAUGGCCCGUGUUAUCCACGUACUAGAGCCGUUCGCGCUGCACCCCUAUCUAGAGGUCCAAGAGCGGGCUGUCGAGUUCACCGAGUUGCUAAAACUGACGGCCGAAGCAGCCGCCGGACAGGCACCGUCUUCGGAUGAAAUCCAGCAAGAUCCGCCGCUGCUUCUCACGCAAGCGAUCCCAUCACUCUUUGCCGGGUGGGAGCUGAACUCCGUAGCCGCUGGCACGCAACAGAACGUGCCAGUUCCUGAUGAUCUUGAUCUCGACGAACCCAUCCAUCCGGACCUCAACAGGCUCCUCUCACAGGCCGACUCGUUGAUGCUCCCGACACAAGGUGACGACGACGAGUUUGAGACGUACUACAGCCAGAAAGCAGCUGCGACAAGCAUGGCCAGCGAGCCAGCGAUAAACAGACUGCUAGACGCCCCAGAAGAGGUGACGCCGAGCUCGUCCUACCAGCAAUCCGAAGAGAGCUAUCUCGACCCGGACAUCGUGGCACGACGCAAGGCGGAACGCAUGGAGCGGUACCGCGACGAUCCAUUCUACAUCCCGGACUCGACCGCGUCCGGCGGCCGGUCCACCCCUAUCCACAACAUUCUCCAGAAAGAAAACGGGCCGGACCUCGACAUCGAUUCCAUCCCGAUCAUGCAGCUCGACCUGAACCCAUCCGGCCGCGCCAGUCCCGCUAGACAGCAGCAGCAACAACAACAACAACAACAACAGCAACAACACCGACAAUCCCCCAAACCCAAACCCCGCCAACGCAUCGUCGUAGCCGCCGACGAAACCCUCGGCUUCAACAGCGGCAGCCGCCCAUCCACCCCGCGCCUCUACGACUCCGAAACAACCACUAACACCACCACCGCCACAGCAGCAGCAGCUAAAAAGCUCAAGCAGCAAUCCCUCCUCCAAAUCAGCUCCUCCCACAUCAGCGAUCUCAGCAUCAUCGACAGCGCCAGCGCCAGCGCCAGCGGGAAUGGAACUAGUAGAACAGGAGCAGCAUCAGCAGCAGGACUAGCACAACACCACGAGCAACAGCAGCGCGAAGAAGCCGAGAUGGCACAGGCGCUAAAGGAAGUCCAGCGGUUGCGGCUGGAGAUGCAGCGGGCAAAUGAGCGGAUCCAGGUGGCGCAGGGUGUGCCGGUGGAGGGGGUGGUGGUGAGUAGUAAGAGGAAGAAGAAGAAGAAGACGACGGCGACGAAGCCGGGGGAGAAGUCUGAGGGGGGGAAGAGUUCUGCUGCUAUUGCUGGGACGGGGUCAGUAGUGACGGGUGCAGGGGAAGCGGAUGGAGGAGGAGAAGGUAAAGCUGUGGGGGUGCCGGCCGUGAAGAAGAAGAAAAAGAAGGUUGUCAAGGCGGAGGAGCCGGGGUCGGGGCUGGAGCUGGGGCCGGGGGCGGCUGGGGAAGGGGAUGAGCAGCAGUCGGUGGUGAAGGCGAAGCAGAAGAAGAAAAAGAAGGUGGCGAGGGUGGUGAAGUUGGAUGAGGGAGAGGGUGAGUAG